CCUCAGCGGUAGCACAGUUCCUGCCAACCAAAGUCACUACUGUGCAUAAACGAUUAAUAAUAAUUGCUAUUUAAUCAACUUGACCAAGGACAGCUGACAAAGCCACAAGAUACUAAUUUCCAGUAAAGGCCUUAUGGCAGCAGCAUCUUGUGUUCUUAGGGCCAGGUGGUCACCCAUCCAAGUACUGACCAAACCCAACGUUGCUUAGCAUCGCAAAUCGAACAAAAAGAUGUUUCCAAUGUGGUAGUACUGCAAUAACAAUCACUGACGCUGACUGAACCAGACAGUUGUUACAGGUUUAUUGGAAAGACUUGUAUUUUUACACGUGAAACUAAAGUGACAGUAGAAUUACAUAGCCUGAUAAUACCAGUAAUAGAAGAUUAAGUUAGGCUCUUUCCUGCAGCGGACACCGCUCAAGAGGGAAGAUGACGACGCUGAUACAAGACCUGCGACAGGGGUCACUACGGUCACUGGCUGUUGUUCUCCAAGUGGUAGGAAUGUUCCCCUACACCUGGCCCAACACCCAGACUCCCUCACCUCACCAGUUCAGCUUAGUACUCUUUCUUUGGGACAUGUUCAUACAAUUAUAUAUCAACAUCAUUACUCCUCUGCAAAUCGUGAAAUUAUUCUUAACCAUGUUCAGGAACGACAUCGGCGGCAUAGUUUUAAAGUACUCUGUAUCCUUAGCAUUUAUGAUAACAAGUCUUGUGUCAGCUUUGCUCUGUUCCAAGAGCAGCAAACUGGCAUCUGCCUUAACAGAUCUUCACGCAAGAGUGAAGACAAACACACUUGGAAAUCAGUGUCACAUGAGGCUUGUGUAUAUCAUUAUCGUAAUGUUGGUGGAAGCGACGAUGGUCUUGUUUUCGGUGCCGUUCUACAUCAACUACCCGCAUCUCUCCCUCGCCGAGAAAAUCUGCUUCUUCUUCAACACCCUUUUCAGCGUCCCAUCCUUGUAUAUGUCGCAUCUGUUCUUCAGGAUGACGUUUUCAAUAUUGGCGCAGCAGCUGGUGGAGGCGGUGGAGGAUGUGGUGUCCCUUGCUCAACAUCUUCCCUCCCACAACCUGCAACCCACCAAAGGCCAGCACGACAUUGCUACAACUAUGAUGGACUUCACCACAACUAGCUCACCUCUACAUGACUUAGAGUCGCGCAUUUUACAGGUCGAAGAAACACGAGAGAAGCUGACUGACUACUUCUUCCUUGGGAUGACAACAAUACUAGUGACGGGCCUGAUAUUAUGUGUGGCAACUAUAUACACACUGUCUCGCGGGUACUUUGAGGGAGGCUUUACCUUUACCUUACUGUUGGGGGCAACAAUCAUGCUGAUUAACAUGUGCAGUGUCGGUCAAAACUUCAUUAAUGAGGUCGACAAGGCGGCCGGAAUGUUGAAGAAAUUUAGUUGCCAAUCGUCAAACUAUUUCGUCAAGGCUCAGGUGAGAUACUUGCUGCACCUCCUGGAACCACUACAGAUAUUCGAUUUUUAUGGAUGGUACAGGCUGGACUACAGCACCGUGGUGGGGGUGGUGAACCUGCUGGUGACCUACCUGGUGAUCCUGGUGCAGGUUGGUGACCAACCCCUCAACCGCCAGGCUUAACGCACCACCAAUGCCACCACCUAUACCUGGACUACAAUGCUUACUAUAAUUACUCCUAGAUGUAUGCGUAUAAUAAAUUAUAUAUCAAUAAAUGUACUGUAGAGUAUUUCACUCACUGUUGUGUAAACAAUUCAAAUUUACUCAUCGUUAGUCCAAAUUUUCUCACCAGUGCGAUUCUGUUCGUCUAGCUGACUAUGUGAA